AUGAAUGCACAAAGCCCAGGUAUCAUUUGGCCAAAUGUCUUUAUAAAACUCGAACGUUAAUCGGUAACGAUGAAUUAUUAUAAGUUAUCCUGCAGGGGAUAUAUACUAUGCGUUGUGUUAACUGUGAUACUUACCAAAAAAGUGCAAGCAAAAACCGAUUACAUCGAUACUCAUCAAGAGCGAAAAAAUCAAAUUCAUAAUGGCAUACCAAUUAGAUAUUCGAUUAAAAGAGAUUCGGCACAAGAGAAAAUAAAUAUUCACAUAGCAGAUAACACCGAUGACUGGGCACAAGAAAAAACAACAAUACCUAACAUAUCUCUUCCGGUCGAAACUACCACAGCUAAACCUGAAGAAAGCACUAGGGUUACAGAAGAUACCACACUUUUUCCUGACGAAACGACUACAGCUGCCCAGGACUCAACAAAUAGUCCUGAAGAUAGCACUACGAUAGGGGAUGCCACAACUCUUCCGGACCAAACUACCACAUCUGGACCUGAAGAAAGCACCACGAAUGAGGAUACAACACCUAUUCCUGACGAAACUACUACAGCUGCCCAGGACUCAACAAAUGUUCCUGAAGAAAGCACCACGAUAGAGGAUGCCACAACUCUUCCGGACGAAACCACCACAGCUGGACCUGAAGAAAGCACCACGGUUGAGGAUACAACACCAAUUCCUGACGAAACUACUACAGCUGCCCAGGACUCAACAAGUAGUCCUGAAGAUAGCACUACGAUAGAGGAUGCCACAACUCUUCCGGACCAAACUACCACAGCUGGACCUGAAGAAAGCACCACGGUUGAGGAUACAACACCAAUUCCUGACGAAACUACUACAGCUGCCCAGGACUCAACAAGUAGUCCUGAAGAUAGCACCACGAUUGAGGAUGCCACAACUCUUCCGGACGAAACCACCACAGCUGGACCUGAAGAAAGCACCACGGUUGAGGAUACAACACCAAUUCCUGACGAAACUACUACAGCUGCCCAGGACUCAACAAGUAGUCCUGAAGAUAGCACUACGAUAGAGGAUGCCACAACUCUUCCGGACCAAACUACCACAGCUGGACCUGAAGAAAGCACCACGGUUGAGGAUACAACACCUAUUCCUGAUAAAACUACUACAGCUGCCCAGGACUCAACAAGAAGUCCUGAAGAUAGCACCACGAUUGAGGAUGCCACAACUCUUCCGGACCAAACCACCACAGCUGGACCUGAAGAAAGCACCACGGUUGAGGAUACAACACCUAUUCCUGAUGAAACUACUACAGCUGCCCAGGACUCAACAAGAAGUCCUGAAGAUAGCACCACGAUUGAGGAUGCCACAACUCUUCCGGACGAAACCACCACAGCUGGACCUGAAGAAAGCACCACGGUUGAGGAUACAACACCUAUUCCUGAUGAAACUACUACAGCUGCCCAGGACUCAACAAGAAGUCCUGAAGAUAGCACCACGAUUGAGGAUGCCACAACUCUUCCGGACGAAACCACCACAGCUGGACCUGAAGAAAGCACCACGAAUGAGGAUACAACACCUAUUCCUGACGAAACUACUACAGCUGCCCAGGACUCAACAAAUAGUCCUGAAGAUAGCACCACGAUUGAGGAUGCCACAACUCUUCCGGACGAAACCACCACAGCUGGACCUGAAGAAAGCACCACGGUUGAGAAUACAACACCUAUUCCUGACGAAACUACUACAGCUGCCCAGGACUCAACAAAUAGUCCUGAAGAUAGCCCUACGAUAGAGGAUGCCACAACUCUUCCGGAAGAAACCACCACAGCUGGACCUGAAGAAAGCACCACGGUUGUGGAUACAACACCUAUUCCUGAUGAAACUACUACAGCUGCCCAGGACUCAACAAGAAGUCCUGAAGAUAGCACCACGAUUGAGGAUGCCACAACUCUUCCGGACGAAACCACCACAGCUGGACCUGAAGAAAGCACCACGAAUGAGGAUAUUCCUGACGAAACUACUACAGCUGCCCAGGACUCAACAAAUAGUCCUGAAGAUAGCACCACGAUAGAGGAUGCCACAACUCUACCGGACGAAACCACCACAGCCGGACCUGAAGAAAGCACCACGGCUGAGGAUACAACACCUUUUCCUGACGAAACUACUACAGCUGCCCAGGACUCAACAAAUAGUCCUGAAGAUAGUACCACGAUAGAGGAUGCCACAACUCUUCCGGACGAAACCACCACAGCUGGACCUGAAGAAAGCACCACGGCUGAGGAUACAACACCUAUUCCUGACGAAACUACUACAGCUGCCCAGGACUCAACAAAUAGUCCUGAAGAUAGCACCACGAUAGAGGAUGCCACAACUCUACCGGACGAAACCACCACAGCCGGACCUGAAGAAAGCACCACGGCUGAGGAUACAACACGUUUUCCUGACGAAACUACUACAGCUCCCCAGGACUCAACAAAUAGUCCUGAAGAUAAUACCACGAUAGACGAAACCACCACAGCUGGACCUGAAGAAAGCACCACGGUGGAGGAUACAACACCUAUUCCUGACGAAACUACUACAGCUGCCCAGGACUCAACAAAUAGUCCUGAAGAUAGUACCACGAUAGAGGAUGCCACAACUCUUCCGGACGAAACCACCACAGCUGGACCUGAAGAGAGCACCACGGUUGAGGAUACAACACCUAUUCCUGACGAAACUACUACAGCUGCCCAGGACUCAACAAAAAGUCCUGAAGAUAGUACCACGAUAGAGGAUGCCACAACUCUUCCGGACGAAACCACCACAGCUGGACCUGAAGAAAGCACCACGGUUGAGGAUACAACACCUAUUCCUGACGAAACUACUACAGCUGCCCAGGACUCAACAAAUAGUCCUGAUGAUAGCACCACGAUAGACGAAACCACCACAGCUGGACCUGAAGAAAGCACCACGGCUGAGGAUACAACACCUAUUCCUGACGAAACUACUACAGCUGCCCAGGACUCAACAAAUAGUCCUGAAGAUAGCACCACGAUAGAGGAUGCCACAACUCUACCGGACGAAACCACCACAGCCGGACCUGAAGAAAGCACCACGGCUGAGGAUACAACACCUAUUCCUGACGAAACUACUACAGCUGCCCAGGACUCAACAAAUAGUCCUGAAGAUAGUACCACGAUAGAGGAUGCCACAACUCUUCCGGACGAAACCACCACAGCCGGACCUGAAGAAAGCACCACGGCUGAGGAUACAACACCUUUUCCUGACGAAACUACUACAGCUCCCCAGGACUCAACAAAAAAUCCUGAAGAUAGUACCACGAUAGAGGAUGCCACAACUCUUCCGGACGAAACCACCACAGCCGGACCUGAAGAAAGCACCACGGCUGAGGAUACAACACCUUUUCCUGACGAAACUACUACAGCUCCCCAGGACUCAACAAAAAGUCCUAAAGAUAGUACCACGAUAGAGGAUGCCACAACUCUUCCGGACGAAACCACCACAGCUGGACCUGAAGAAAGCACCACGGUUGAGGAUACAACACCUAUUCCUGACGAAACUACUACAGCUGCCCAGGACUCAACAAAUAGUCCUGAUGAUAGCACCACGAUAGACGAAACCACCACAGCUGGACCUGAAGAAAGCACCACGGCUGAGGAUACAACACCUAUUCCUGACGAAACUACUACAGCUGCCCAGGACUCAACAAAUAGUCCUGAAGAUAGCACCACGAUAGAGGAUGCCACAACUCUACCGGACGAAACCACCACAGCCGGACCUGAAGAAAGCACCACGGUUGAGGAUACAACACCUUUUCCUGACGAAACUACUACAGCUCCCCAGGACUCAACAAAUAGUCCUGAAGAUAGUACCACGAUAGACGAAACCACCACAGCUGAACCUGAAGAAAGCACCACGGUUGAGGAUACAACACCUAUUCCUGACGAAACUACUACAGCUGCCCAGGACUCAACAAAUAGUCCUGAAGAUAGUACCACGAUAGAGGAUGCCACAACUCUUCCGGACGAAACCACCACAGCUGGACCUGAAGAAAGCACCACGGUUGAGGAUACAACACCUAUUCCUGACGAAACUACUACAGCUGCCCAGGACUCAACAAAUAGUCCUGAAGAUAGUACCACGAUAGAGGAUGCCACAACUCUUCCGGACGAAACCACCACAGCUGGACCUGAAGAAAGCACCACGGUUGAGGAUACAACACCUAUUCCUGACGAAACUACUACAGCUGCCCAGGACUCAACAAAUACUCCCCAGGACUCAACAAAUAGUCCUGAAGAUAGUACCACGAUAGACGAAACCACCACAGCUGGACCUGAAGAAAGCACCACGGCUGAGGAUACAACACCUAUUCCUGACGAAACUACUACAGCUGCCCAGGACUCAACAAAUAGUCCUGAAGAUAACACCACGAUAGAGGAUGCCACAACUCUUCCGGACGAAACCACCACAGCUGGACCUGAAGAAAGCACCACGGCUGAGGAUACAACACCUAUUCCUGACGAAACUACUACAGCUGCCCAGGACUCAACAAAUAGUCCUGAAGAUAGUACCACGAUAGAGGAUGCCACAACUCUUCCGGACGAAACCACCACAGCCGGACUUGAAGAAAGCACCACGGCUGAGGAUACAACACCUUUUCCUGACGAAACUACUACAGCUCCCCAGGACUCAACAAAAAGUCCUGAAGAUAGUACCACGAUAGAGGAUGCCACAACUCUUCCGGACGAAACCACCACAGCCGGACCUGAAGAAAGCACCACGGCUGAGGAUACAACACCUUUUCCUGACGAAACUACUACAGCUCCCCAGGACUCAACAAAAAGUCCUGAAGAUAGUACCACGAUAGAGGAUGCCACAACUCUUCCGGACGAAACCACCACAGCUGGACCUGAAGAAAGCACCACGGUUGAGGAUACAACACCUAUUCCUGACGAAACUACUACAGCUGCCCAGGACUCAACAAAUAGUCCUGAUGAUAGCACCACGAUAGACGAAACCACCACAGCUGGACCUGAAGAAAGCACCACGGCUGAGGAUACAACACCUAUUCCUGACAAAACUACUACAGCUGCCCAGGACUCAACAAAUAGUCCUGAAGAUAGCACCACGAUAGAGGAUGCCACAACUCUACCGGACGAAACCACCACAGCCGGACCUGAAGAAAGCACCACGGUUGAGGAUACAACACCUUUUCCUGACGAAACUACUACAGCUCCCCAGGACUCAACAAAUAGUCCUGAAGAUAGUACCACGAUAGACGAAACCACCACAGCUGGACCUGAAGAAAGCACCACGGCUGAGGAUACAACACAUAUUCCUGACGAAACUACUACAGCUGCCCAGGACUCAACAAAUAGUCCUGAAGAUAGUACCACGAUAGAGGAUGCCACAACUCUUCCGGAUGAAACCACCACAGCUGAACCUGAAGAAAGCACCACGGUUGAGGAUACAACACCUAUUCCUGACGAAACUACUACAGCUGCCCAGGACUCAACAAAUAGUCCUGAAGAUAGUACCACGAUAGAGGAUGCCACAACUCUUCCGGACGAAACCACCACAGCUGGACCUGAAGAAAGCACCACGGUUGAGGAUACAACACCUAUUCCUGACGAAACUACUACAGCUGCCCAGGACUCAACAAAUAGUCCUGAUGAUAGCACCACGAUAGACGAAACCACCACAGCUGUACCUGAAGAAAGCACCACGGCUGAGGAUACAACACCUAUUCCUGACGAAACUACUACAGCUGCCCAGGACUCAACAAAUAGUCCUGAAGAUAGCACCACGAUAGAGGAUGCCACAACUCUACCGGACGAAACCACCACAGCCGGACCUGAAGAAAGCACCACGGCUGAGGAUACAACACCUUUUCCUGACGAAACUACUACAGCUCCCCAGGACUCAACAAAUAGUCCUGAAGAUAGUACCACGAUAGACGAAACCACCACAGCUGGACCUGAAGAAAGCACCACGGCUGAGGAUACAACACCUAUUCCUGACGAAACUACUACAGCUGCCCAGGACUCAACAAAUAGUCCUGAAGAUAACACCACGAUAGAGGAUGCCACAACUCUUCCGGACCAAACCACCACAGCUGGACCUGAAGAAAGCACCACGGUUGAGGAUACAACACCUACUCCUGACGAAACUACUACAGCUCCCCAGGACUCAACAAAUAGUCCUGAAGAUAGUACCACGAUAGAGGAUGCCACAACUCUUCCGGACGAAACCACCACAGCCGGACCUGAAGAAAGCACCACGGUUGAGGAUACAACACCUAUUCCUGACGAAACUACUACAGCUCCCCAAGACUCAACAAAUGUUCCUGAAGAUAGUACCACGAUAGAGGAUGCCACAACUCUUCCGGACGAAACCACCACAGCCGGACCUGAAGAAAGCACCACGGUUGAGGAUACAACACCUAUUCCUGACGAAACUACUACAGCUCCCCAGGACUCAACAAAUAUUCCUGAAGAUAGUACCACGAUAGAGGAUGCCACAACUCUUCCGGAAGAAACCACCACAGCCGGACCUGAAGAAAGCACCACGGUUGAGGAUACAACACCUAUUCCUGACUCAACAAAUAGUCCUGGAGAUGGCACCACGAUAGCGGAUGCCACAACUCUUCCGGACGAAACUACAACAGCUGGAGCUGCAGAAAACACCACGGUGGAAGAUACAACACCUAUUCCAGAGGAAACUACUUCAGCUGCCCAAGACUCAACAGCUGUGCCCAAAGACAGCACCACGAUAGAGGAUCCCACAACUCUUCCGGAUGAAAAAACUACAGUUGAACCUAAGGAGAGCACUACCAUAGAGGAUUCGACAACUAUUUCCGAUAAUAGUACCGGACAGGAUUCUACGAAAGGAACAGAAGGAAAUACUUCUUACUCUACCGAUAAACCUGGAGUAAGCAGUACGGUGGCGGAUACCACAAAGAGUCCAGAAGAAAGUUCCACUGCUGAUGCUGAUACUACGAGUAUUUCUAUUCCGUCAACGGAAAAAACGACUCCGACUUAUUCAAGUUCCACAACUGCAACAUCCUCAACAACUUCUUCCCCUGAAACCCCGCCGUCAACUUCACCACCGCUUUCUUGCAGUAGCGGAUAUCCUUAUUUACCCCAUCCAACAAAUUGCCAUAAGUUUAUCCAGUGUAGUAAUGAAAACGAAUUUAUUAUGGAUUGUCCAGCUAAUCUCUAUUGGGACUAUCGGAAAUUAGUCUGCUGUGCAGAACCAAGUGUAUGCUACAACGAUGAUGAAAAUUCCAGUCCACAGGAAAAGGUUUGCGGCCCUGGAGUAGAUUUUCUAGUUCACCCGACCGACUGUACCAAAUAUUUGCAAUGUAGUAACGGCGAGCCAUUAGAGCGCAAAUGUCCCGAUCCUCUGUACUGGAACCCAGAGCGUUCUGUCUGUGAUUGGUCAAAUAAGUACUGCAAAGAUCUGAGAGCAAAUGAAUUGAAUUCUUGCGCAGUGGGCAUGAAUUUUAAUGUUUUUCAAGGCGAUUGUUCAAAAUACAUAAAGUGUUUUGGCGUAAGGGGUAUCGCAAUGAGUUGUAAUUCAGGACUUUAUUGGAACCCUAUCAGUGAAGUAUGCGAAAAGUCGAAGCGAUUCUGUACAUAAGUAAUCAUUGUAGGUUAAUGCCAUUCAUUGACCUUCCAAAUCAAAUUAUACUCACGGAAACCAAUAACAUGAGGGGCUAAUAAUAUAAUGUGAUUAUUUAAUUAGGUUUUUGUUUUUUCGGUAUUUUAAUCCGCUUAUUAAUAAAAGAAUUGAACAUUACAUAUAU